GGCGUACAAUGUCCCAAACAAAAUGGAUUAUGCAGACAAACAAUUAAUUCCGACAACCAAAGUUCAUUUCGCGUUUUCAGUAUGCAUUAGAUAAGAUUUCAACCAGGAGUUACGCAAAUAUUUGUUUGUUGUACAGCAAACAUAUAUAUAUAUAUAUAUAUAUUUACUUUUAGAGACAGGAAUAACCUGCAGAUAGCAGUGUCAAUUCAGUUAGCCAACCGCUAGCUGAACUGGUCGGCUAGCCAGUUUGCAACUGUCACCUGCGAUUAUUUUUUUGUUAUUUCCAAAGCUUUGGGAUUGUGCCACCACCCUUGUCACACUGCCAUGGCUGACAGCAGCAUAGUUACUUUGGGGAUGGCUCGUAGCCUGCUGGUGGACUCCUCUGUGUAUGACUCCAGGUUGGCUGAGACUACUAAGGAUGUAUUCCUGAGUUUGGACUCCGAAGACAUGGAAGAGAUGCUGCAUCGUGUCGAAACCAGAGUCGUUCUUGUGGGAGAAGCUGCCAAAAAUGGAGCACUUGUUAAAGCACUGCAGGCCGUCAGAAUAAUGGAAGUUCCGGUGGUUAAGAUUAAAGGAGGGGAACCGGGUGUUGAGGCCGGAGAGAAAUUUAUCAAAUCUAUAGUCAAUAUGGAUAUCAAUGUGCCUUGCAUAAAGACAGACGAUGUCAAAGAGUUUGGAAACGGAGAAAACACAGAGUUUGAGACUGUGUUCGUGCUCACAGACUUUGCCUCGCCUGACUACAGCUACCUUUACAAACAUGACAACCGGAUCGUGGGCCCCCCGGUUGUUCUGCACUGUGCGGGACGAGAGGAGCCCCUGCCAUUUUCCUCUCGUCCUUUAUACUCGACCACCAUGCUCAACUUGUCACUGUGUUUCACUGGUUUCCGCAGUAAAGAGGAAGUUAAAAACCUGGUGAAUCUGGUGCAUCACAUGGGUGGCGCAAUCCGUAAGGACUUCAGCACUAAAGUCACCCAUCUCAUUGCAUACUCCACUCAUGGCGAGAAGUACAAGCUUGCUGUUUGUAUGGGCACACCCAUCCUCACCCCAACAUGGAUCCAUAAGGCCUGGGAGCAUAGAGAUGAUGUUAACUUCCAUGCUGGAGAUGAAGAGUUCCGCACAGAGUUCAAAGUUCCCCCCUUUCAAGACUGUGUGCUGAGCUUCCUGGGCUUCUCAGACGAAGACAAGACCAACAUGGAGGAAAGGACAGUCAAACAUGGCGGCAGCUACCUGGAGGUUGGAGAUGAGAAGUGCACUCACAUGGUAGUGGAGGAAAACUCUGUUAAGGAACUGCCAUUCGUCCCGUCAAAGAGACUUUAUGUUGUCAAACAGGAGUGGUUCUGGGGGAGCAUACAGAUGGAUGCCAGAGCAGGGGAGUCCAUGUACUUCUAUGAGAAGAUGGACAGUCCUGUGAUGAAGAAGGCUGUGUCCCUGCUGUCCCUCAACACACCCAACAGUAACCGGAAGAGGAGGCGUCUGAGGGACACUCUGGCCCAGCUCACCAAGGAGACGGAGAUCUCCCCCUUCCCUCCCCCCCGCAAGAGGCCUUCUGCCGAGCACUCCCUGUCCAUUGGUUCUCUGCUGGACAUCUCCAACACCCCAGAGACCUGCAAGACCCUGGCAGAGAACAGUGUAGAGCGCAGCAGGCGUAUGAGGGUAUGUGCUGAGACCAGCAGGCAGAGGAGGAUGAGGAGUGCCAGAGAGAGGCGUAGGGGGGCAGACCAAGAGUGGACCUUCCACUGCACUAGCACCCCUACCCCUCAGCAGGAGACCGGCACACUAGAGGACCUCCCAUGCACCCAGCCAGCCCAGGCCACAGAGACCGAGGAGGCUUCAUGGAUGGACUCGUCCCAGGAGUCACUCUAUCUUAGCGCAGGCCAGGAGAAGACAGAACACUCCCGGCCGUCGAAGAGCUCUACACCUGCUGUCCUGAAGCAGUCUGCAAGAUGGCAGGUCUCCAAGGAGUUAUACCAGACAGAGAGCAACUAUGUGGAUAUUCUCACCACAGUCAUGCAGUUGUUCAAACUCCCCCUGGAAAAGGAAGACCAAGUUGGAGGACCCAUUUUGGCUCAGGAAGAAAUUAAGACCAUCUUUGGCAGUAUCCCAGAGAUCUAUGAUGUACACACCAGGAUAAAGGCCGAUCUGGAAGAGCUGGUUAUGGACUGGUCUGAGGACAAGAGUGUCGGGGACAUCAUUCUCAAAUACUCUAGAGACCUGGUGAAGGCUUACCCACCAUUCGUCAACUUCUUUGAGAUGAGCAAGGAUACGAUAGUGAGGUGUGAGAAGCAGAAGCCACGUUUCCAUGCUUUCCUAAAGAUCAAUCAGUCGAAGCCCGAGUGUGGGCGGCAGAAACUGGUGGAGCUUCUGAUUCGCCCCGUGCAGAGACUGCCAAGCGUUGCCCUCCUUCUCAACGAUAUUAAGAAGCACACUGCCGAAGACAACCCUGACAAAAUCACUUUGGAGAAGGCAAUCGAAUCACUCAAGGAAGUUAUGACUCAUAUAAACGAAGACAAGAGAAAGACAGAGGGACAGAAGCAGAUCUUUGAUGUUGUCUAUGAAGUUGACGGCUGCCCUGCCAACCUGCUCUCGUCGCACCGCAGCCUGGUCCACAGGGUGGAGACCAUCGCCCUGGGAGACAAACCCUGUGACCGAGGCGAAAAUGUCACACUCUUUCUCUUCAACGACUGUCUCGAGAUUGCCAGGAAGAGACAUAAGGUGAUCAGCACAUUCAGGAGUCCUCUGGGCCAGACGCGGCCUGCAGCCCAACUCAAACACAUCACCCUCAUGCCUCUGUCCCAGAUCAGGAGGGUCUUGGACCUGCAGGAUACAGAGGAUUGCCAUAAUGCCUUUGCCCUGGUGGUGCGCCCACCCACGGAGCAGGAGAAUCUUCUCUUCAGCUUCCAACUGACCACUGAGGACACAAUGAAGUCAACCUGGCUGAAGAUGCUCUGUCGCCAGGUGGCCAAUACCAUCUGCAAGGCUGACGCGCAAGAUCUAAUUCAGUGCACUGAGCCUGACUCUGUCCAAGUGAGCACAAAGGAUAUGGACAGCACGCUGAGUAAAGCCUCUAGAGUCAUCAAAAAGACUUCAAAGAAGGUAACGAGAGCCUUUUCCUUCACCAAAACACCCAAACGGGUGAUCCAGAGAGCCUUCAUGGCCAACGGCACCCCAGAUGACAAGAGCCCUGGCCCUAGCUCUGAGAACAUGAGCCGUGUGGGCAGCAGUGCCACCCUAUCUGCGAUGCACUCUCCCUCCAUGGUCAACCUGCCAUCCGUGUUUGAGAGGAAGUACCAUACGUUCAGUCGUUCUACAACCCACCUGUUCUGAUUGACUCAGAGGGGAUAAACCCAGCACGCUGUUCUGCACCGUGCACCCCUCACUGUAAUUCAGUUAGAUCACCUUUCUGCAAUGGUACUGCUGAUUGGCAUGUUCUGUAAGUGUUUUAAUUAACACAAGUUCAGGCAGAUAUUGUCCGACUUGGAAAAUGAAGGAUGUAUACCCUUGUAUUUAGUGUUUACUUGCAAUGUUACAAGUUGGCUUCGUGUGUUAGACAUUUUAACAUAUGUAAUAAACAGCCACAUGUAUAGAGCAGAUAUUCACUGACAUUUUAUAUAGUUUUGUCGUAGAGGUAUAUAAUUCACUGAAUGAUUAACCAAUGAAACUAUUUCUUUGUUUUAUGGGAACAAGCCUGUUGGUUUCACUUACUAUAGUUUCCAGCUUUUAUAAAGCUCUUGAAAUGUUUUUACUUUUUAUACAAAUGAUCAGGAAUAGUGGAACAAAAGCAAACAAGCUGUAAGUCUGUCUGUUUGCUGUAGUUUUUAGGUGAUUCUUUUGUUGUCAAGUGGUUGUUUUUGUUCAGAAGAGACUAGGAAUGAUACUGCAGUACAUAUUUAUUCUCUAUAAUCAUUUUAUAAGUCUAUAAAAAGUAUCUUUCUCUCUUGCUAUUAAUGUGUAAAUGUGCCUCUAUCCUGUUUGUCUGUCAUUAUCGGUACUGUAUCAUCUUCCAAUGUAUCUGUAUCCAACGCACUUACACAUGUACAUGAUCCAACUUUAAGCUUAUUUCUAGUGGUUUAUGCAGUUAUAGGGUGUUGUUCACUACUUUUGUCAACAGAUGAAUUAAAAAAUAAAUAAGCACCCCCCCAUCCCCAUUCAUCUGUAUUGAAUAGUGGCUAUUAUUAUACCGUCACUUAUGGUUUAGAAUUGAAUUAUUUUAAUAAAAUCCCUUGUAUU